ACUCUGCCGCUGACUCCAUGGACGUAAUAUUUGGCAAGAACAAGAAGGAACAGCUGGAGCCUGUAACGGCCCAAGUGACAGGCAAGAUUCCAACAUGGCUGCGGGGGACGCUGCUUCGAAACGGGCCCGGGAUGCACGCGGUGGGAGAGAGCAAAUACAACCACUGGUUUGACGGCCUGGCCUUACUGCACAGCUUCUCCAUCCGGGACGGUGAAGUUUAUUACAGGAGCAAAUACCUAAGAAGCGACACCUACAAUGCCAACAUCGAGGCCAACAGGAUCGUGGUGUCAGAGUUUGGAACAAUGGCCUACCCAGACCCCUGCAAAAACAUCUUUGCCAAAGCCUUCUCCUACUUGUCCCACACCAUCCCUGAUUUCACAGACAACUGUCUGAUCAACAUCAUGAAGUGCGGGAAAGACUUCUAUGCCACCACAGAGACCAACUACAUCAGGAAAAUCAACCCACACACUCUGGAGACCCUGGAGAAGGUUGACUACCGUAAAUAUGUAGCUAUAAAUCUGGCAACAGCACACCCCCAUUACGAUGGGGCUGGAAAUGUUCUCAACAUGGGCACAUCCAUUGUGGACAAGGGGAAGACAAAAUACGUGAUAUUUAAGAUCCCUGCCUCCGUGCCAGAGGAGGACCAGAGGAGGGGGAAGAGCCCCCUGAAGCACACAGAGGUGUUCUGCUCCAUUCCCUCCCGCUCGCUCCUCUCCCCAAGCUACUACCACAGCUUCGGCCUCACCGACAACCACGUGGUGUUUCUGGAGCAGCCUUUCAAGCUGGACAUUCUCAAGAUGGCCACCGCGUACAUGCGGGGAGUGAGCUGGGCCUCCUGCAUGACCUUCCACAAGGAGGACAAGACUUAUAUUCACAUCAUCGACCGGAGGACCAGAAGGCCUGUGCCCACCAAGUUCUACACGGACGCCAUGGUGGUCUUCCACCACGUCAACGCCUACGAGGAAGAUGGCUGCCUCCUGUUCGACGUCAUCGCCUACCAAGACAGCAGCCUCUACCAGCUCUUCUACUUGGCCAACCUGAACCAGGACUUUGAGGAGAACUCCAGGCUCACCUCGGUGCCCACGCUCCGGAGGUUCGCUUUGCCCCUGCACGUGGACAAGAAUGCUGAAGUGGGUUCAAAUUUAAUCAGAGCAGCGUCUACAAGAGCGACGGCCACGAAGGAGAAAGAUGAUUGUGUCUACUGCCAGCCUGAAUUGCUUUAUGAAGGCCUGGAGCUCCCUCAGAUCAAUUAUGCUCACAAUGGAAAGCCGUACCGGUAUAUCUAUGCUGCUGGGGUCCAGUGGAGUCCAAUCCCAACCAAGAGUGGGGCGAGGAGAGCUGCUGGCCGGCGGAACCCCUGUUUGUGCCCGCGCCAGGUGCCAAGGACGAGGAUGACGGAGUUAUCUUAUCAGCCAUUGUUUCCACCGAUCCCCAAAAGCCUCCUUUUCUUCUUAUCCUGGAUGCCAAAAGUUUUACGGAAUUGGCUCGCGCCUCUGUUGCUGUGGAGAUGCACCUGGACCUCCAUGGCUUGUUCGUCCCAGAUACAGACUGGGACGCGAGGAAUCAGUCCCCUUCCGAGGCACAGCAGGACACGGCUGCAGACCGCCAAGCGGCCCCCCGGGCCUGAGGAGCCCGCUGGGCUCGGGCCCCGCGAGAAGAGCAUCAUGGGUAGAGAUGCCCUUCACUUCGCAGUUAUUCUUCCAGCAGGUGCUGUGAUGAGCCCAUGGCGAGAGGGCUUGCUAGCGGCUUCCUUGGUUUCAUUUGGGUUGUAGAACCCUUGAAAAACAGCUAGAUCUUUCUGGAAAGAUUUAAAGGCUACAUCUUUCUUGGUUAGAUCUAGCAGUCCUAUGAAAGUCCCUUCCCUUUAUUUUAAAGACUUGCCUAUUGCUAGGCACUGGUGACUCAUGUCUGUCAUCCUAGCUACUCAGAAGGCUGAGAUCACGGUUCAAAGGCAGCCUGGAAAGAAAAGCCUGCGAGGCUCUUAUCAAAA